CGUUGGCCAGCCUGUUUAUUACAUGCGAAGGUGCAGGAGGGUGUUGGUUUGUUGUGCGCUGAGGAAAAACCAAAAUUUGCCAAAUUUAGCCGCAUUUUCGACAGCUAUGACCUGGAUUGACGCGUAACUCGGUCUUUGAGAAGUUUAAGGACACCAAUCAAGAAUGGCCAAGAAGACGUACGACCUUCUGUUCAAAUUGCUCCUGAUCGGCGACUCUGGAGUCGGCAAGACAUGCAUCCUAUUCCGAUUUUCGGACGAUGCCUUCACAACCACCUUUAUUUCCACCAUUGGAAUUGAUUUCAAAAUCAAGACCGUCGAGUUGAGGGGCAAGAAAAUCAAGCUGCAGAUUUGGGACACUGCAGGCCAAGAACGCUUCCACACAAUCACCACCUCGUACUACCGAGGUGCCAUGGGCAUUAUGCUAGUCUACGACGUGGCCAAUGAGAAGAGUUUUGACAACAUUGUCAAGUGGCUGCGCAACAUUGACGAACAUGCAAAUGAGGACGUUGAGAAGAUGAUCCUCGGCAACAAAUGUGACAUGGAGGACAAGAGACAGGUCGCCAAGGAGCGAGGAGAAGCAAUUGCCCGAGAGCAUGGUGUGAGAUUUAUGGAAACGUCGGCCAAGGCGAAUAUCAACAUUGAGCAAGCCUUCCAUGAGUUGGCUUCAGCGAUUCUUGACAAGACGGCUGGCCGAGACCUGCAAGAACCCACCGAUCGAGUGGCCGUGGACAAAAGGGCCAACGAGCGCAGCUCGACCAACAGGUGUUGUUGAGGUACCACAGACUGACUCAUUGUGUGUGCACAAGUCAAAACCAUUACUAUUGAUUGAUCAUUUAAUAUUAUUAUAUCAUUUGCUUACGAAAAUAAAUUCGCUAACUGGACAAAAUCUAAAUUUCGAAUGCUGUAAAUUUUACUGCACUUCCUCCAAAUCAGGCACCUCUGAUAAAUCAAAAUUGCUCUCUGGAGGGACAUCAUUAGCUUCAAGUUUUGCCACACUCUUGAUACUGUUUUUCUUGCUUAAAUCAUAAAUUUUAAAAAUCUAACAAUUA